CACUACUCGCUCGCGAGCCCGUUGCUCGUCCACGCACGGGCCAGCGUGCUCAUUCUGUAGCGGGCUGCCGCGUCGGACGGACGUGAGUUCUGGACGGAUUGUCGAAAAGGCGACACGCUGCAGCUUAAAAACAAUCCACAAAAAUAGGAAAAAGGGACAAACUUGCACACACACACAUAUAUAUAGAACAGAUAUCACCGGCGAAGCGAGCCCAUCGCGCACUCGUGGACGCGCGACGCGCAUGCAGUUUUCCAAUCCUCGGCAUUAGCCAAAACGGUCAGCCAAUCCGGACGAUCGACGUCGACGGUCUAUCAUCGUGGUGGCAGCGGAUCGAGGGGAUCGCGAAUCCGCAUCGAUCCCCGAAUUCGGCGGACUCGCGAGACUAGGAUCGGCGGCGAGACUCCUGGCGAGGGGAACGCGCGACUGUCGGUACCGUGGUAGCCGAGGGGCGGUGAGGAUCGUCUCUCUCUCUCUAGCGCGGCGAGGUGUGCGUUUGAACUUUCUCGAACCUACGGGAGCAACGAGGAGGGCGAACGAAGGAGGGACGGAGGGACGAAGAGAGAAGGACGACUCCCUGACGGCCGACGGCGAGACGGUGAGUGCGAGGAGCCGAGCAGCCAAGGAUACAGCGGGGUGUACGUACAUACGCCGGCACACACGCACACACGCAGCGAGAUGGCGUUUAUGAUGCCUGUGGUGAAAAACGAAUGGGACAUUUACAAGACUAAUCGCAGCCGGCGCUCGUCCGAGUGCUCGAAUCCGCAGGCCUGUCGCAGCAGGAAGGUAUCCGAGUGCUCCAAGUCGGAGGGUCCGUCGUUAUCGACUUCACCCGGCUCCGACUUCCUAACUUCACCGGCGCAUCGGUCCGUGCCGGUGAGCUCGCGACACUUCUCGAGGACGUCCUCGAGAGCGUCCCAAAGCUCCCUCCAGAGCCCGAGCAAGAGUACGGGCACGUCGCCGCCGAAGACCGGCAGUUCGAGUUCCCUCAACAAGUUCCACAACCGACUGGUCGACAAGCUGAAGCGCUCGUUGAAAAAGGCGGAGGACUGCGCCGAGGACCAGCGAAACCUAUCGUGAAACAGUCAAGGGGUUUUGGGCCGGCCACCCGUGUCCGGCUCGAAACCGAUCGAGAUCCGACGCACUUCGGCACCCGCAACCACAUCCGAGUCGAACAGCAAUGUGGUCGCGCGCUCGUGUCCGGAUCCGCCUUCAGCUUGGUAGAGAAGAGGAGAGAAGAAACGGGAAAAAGAAGAAAGACGUGACGAUGGAGGGAACGUGAGCGACGAAGGGAGUGCGGAAGAGACUAUGAGGGAUCAAGAGAAGAAGGCUGUCUGAACGAUGUAAUGGGUGUAUAAGAGCGAGAGAAUCGAUGGCAAAGGUGAACAAAGAGGGAUGAAAGGGAACAGAAGAUUUCAGGUUUUGGCCGUCGCGCGUUCAGUUGGAGGAGGACGUUCGAAAGCCAGCUUGUACGAGUUUGUCAACCCAGCACGGGCGAAAGAGGGAGGAUGAUCCUCGAGGCCGUCAACAGUCGAUGUCAAGGACUCUUGGGAGAGUCGGGAGAGGUCGAACGAUCGAGCGACGGGAGGCCCAGUGGGCGUUUGGAAGAAUGAAAAGAGCUGGUGCUCGAGAUGUUCCUUUUCAUAGCUCUCCAGUUCUGCGACAGGCUCGAUAAUCGUAAAGGCUAUUGAUUGCGUCGGAAUUUGCGCGCGUUGGUCAGUUGCAACAUCUGUCUAGCGAACGGACGUUUCUCGAGAGGUGAUGGAAAUUACUACCCACGUCCGAACCAAUUGAACCGCUUAUGUUAAACGGUAACCCAGUUCCGGCAUUGCCAGCACCCGCAACAUCGAUGAAAAUUCAACUCGAUUGUACUCGAUUGGAAAAUUGGAACAAUCCUGAGAAAAUAUCACUGAAUCAAUCAGCAACGCGCAAAGAUCCAUGUAUCAUCGUUGGAAGUUCUCCAAUCUCCUUGUAACGAGGAGUUAUUGCGAGAGUCCAAGGAAAAGGAGGAAGAUUCGCAGGCUUCGAUGCAGCCAUCGAUCAGUGAAACGAAGCAAUUGAAUAAAUCUCUCGCUCAAACAGGGGUUUUCGGAGGUCAUCGAGGAUUAUUGGAGUUCAAAGCGGGAGUCGAGGAGUCGAGGGACAGGUUGGAAGCAACGGAGAAAGCGAGGAUCGAGUUUCGAGAGCGUGCUGGAAGCGGCAGUUUCUCGCCUUUGCGGGGAAAAACUGCUGCCUGUACGCGCCUGCGUGCACGUAGGGGGUGCGAAUGUGCGUGCCCUGCGCGCGUACCCUUCGUGCCCGGAUCCAGGAGCGGACGAUGCCUAAGGAAGAGCGACUUACUCUCACACGUAUCUAUCCUCUGCGCUUUAUCGGCGUUACAAAAUUAGUCGUACUUAUUACGUAUUCGCGUGAGCGCGUUCGCUCUGCGCGGAUUAGUUUCUCAUGCCCGCCCGCCCGCCCCGCCCCCUCGCCUUCUUUUACAUCGGAGUAUCUCGGUCGGAAAUCGCAGCGAGACAAUACGGACAAUACGACGAAGACGUGCGACAUGCGACGAAGAAGAGCGUCUUUCGCGUAGCACCGACACGCGGAGUGAUGCGCGUUAACAUUCGAGCGAUCCUCGCUCUCGAAAGCGAAGCAAUCUGGAACAAUGCGAAAUUGAAAUUAAAGAGAAAUCGGAUUCCCGGCUGUCGAGAUAAGACCUGUAAAUAAUUUCAGAUACAAAUCAUUCUCUUUCACUGAUCGGUAUUUUUCAUAUCUUAAAAAAGAUCAUCUGCUUUAUAAAAAUGCUACUUUUUAUAUUUUCGAUACAUGCGUGUUUUAUGCUCUACAUGUUCUGUUUUAAAGGGAUGCUUUUACAAGAUUUUGUUUACAGAUGAGUUUUGUCACGAAGAGCUAAAUUUCGGAAAAUUUCUUUCGAGGAAGCAAGAAGCGCGAAAACAACAAUUCGCAAUUACUGGCAUGGCAGGUCACCUUAUUGAACGACAUUGCCGUUUCCUCCACUUUGUCGAUAGUAACACGCUAAUACAUGCGUGGCGAGGCCUAUGGGGGAGCAUGAUAAAUGCGUCCGGUACCAUUAACGCACACUGUGGCGUACACGUGUUGCGCUGUUGUAUGCGAAAGGCGCGAUUCGCGGUCGCUAUCGUCUCGGAGAUUUCCGCCUCUCUCGCACGCGAGCCGUCGAGUGUGAAGAUAUUUUCUUAUUAAACGAAUCGCCGUUCAACACGCGUCAUCGAAGAUGUAACAACGUUUCUCCCGAGGUAUUCCUCGCGCCCGAGUUAUUCGUAUUUGUUGUUUCGCGUCGUCGCCACAUGGCGCUUGUUAAUUUUUUCAUGUAAUAUAUAUAAAUAUAUAGUGUAUUAUUUUGUUGUAAAUCGAGUCGAUGAAAGGGAGACGCGGAAGGAGGAGGAGGACGUGUGUCCUUGCAGGCCGCACGUGCAAAGGACGUCGAGUGUUAUGAGAAAGGAGCGCUACUUCCGACAUGAGAGAUUUCUCUUGUGGGAUUAAUUUCCUUUUUUAUCCGAGACGCGUCAAUUCGAAGAUUCGGCUUACAUGAUCUUGACAAGCGAGAAAAAUUUUAUCUCUCUUCCACGUUGGUUAAUUAAUUAAAUAAGUAAAAUUUUUAAUUUUGUGUUCAAUGACUUUUUUAAUGAAUUUACUUCUUCAGUUGUGUAAUAAAAUUGCUUAGAUAUGCGAAUAAUUAUUAAAUAAAUUUUUUCUAGAUCGUGUUCACUUUGAUACGAGAAGGAAAAGGUCUUAUUUCAUUAAUUAUAUCGCUUAUGUAACUAAUGUGUGUGCGUUAGCGAUUACUUGAGAAAUUACUUGAGAAAAAACAUAUAAAUUUCUUAUAUUUUAUAUAAUAAACUUUAUUAUACACACACACGUGCUCAUCCUCAUAAGAUUGCGACCAACACUACGACAUUCUUCGCAUCCAUCUGCGAUGAUCCUGCUUCCUUCCUCGCGAAGGAUACAAUUUACGCGCUUUCUUUCUAUCGGUUGCGUAUCGGAGAUUACGAACUGGGAGCAAUUAAGCGAUACCGCGUGUAACUCUGUGAUACCGUAAGCUAUAAGGUAGAAUUACUCUGCAACGAUUUACGGAUUCUAGGCUUGGGGAGGUAUUAUAGUUAGGACGAGAUUCGUACGAACGCUUCAAUUCUCCGUCAAUCCGUUGAAUUCGUAUUCUUUGAAAAUCGAAGUGACAUCUUUUUUUCUCGGUUCUUCUUCGGAAGAAGAUAGAAAUGGGAGAAGAGCGUUGCUUUCGGAUUUUUUUCGAGAAGACGAAGGAAUUCCGGCGCGCGAGCAUUUGAAGUCGUUCACGUCCGUCUUAACGUGUACAUAAUAUUAAGAGGCUGAAACUCCGAAAGCGCUUAUUACACGCUCGAUUAUACGAAAGUUUACUCAUUCCUGAUAAAAAUUUUAACUCGACUUGCAAAUUAUAUGUGAUUCCUUAUUCGGCACGAAAGCAGAUCGAAUUUCACCUAGUACAUAGCUGCAAGAAAGCAGCUCUUCUCUUGGAUUCAUGAUGCAAGAACGGAUUAAUAUGUGCGUCGAUUCGCGCUUUCGGACCCAUGUUGGAUUUAAGAGAAAGCUUAGUCGGUAGACAUGAUCACGCGGAAAAUUUUGAAAAUUUGCGUAGCUCUCAACCUGUGCGUGUGCACUUCUUCGGGUGCGGAUGGCAAGGGGAUGAAGAUGGAGAAAGGGGAGAAAAAGAGAGAAACAGGGAGACACAGGGAUACCGCAAGAAAGAGAAAUAGAGGGCGGAUUAUUUGAACGUCGCUUAAAAAAAUGUGGCAAAGCUGAUUCGGAGGAAAUCAUUUUCUGUGCGGAGGCGCGUAACCGAAUAAUUUCCAAAAGUUGCCGCUUUGUGUAAGACUGCUUUAGCGAGACAGAGAACGGAGACAAAAAGUAAUUAUCGAUAUAGGGCGAUGUAUCGCCGUGGUGCUGGGCGAGGCACUGGGACACGCAAUGUUCAACGGAUCAGUGAUAAACAAAUUGCGAUUUGCGCCACUUCGCGAAUUUUACGUGAUGUUACGUAAUCUUGCGUACACUGACGUCGAUGUACAUUAUUACGUCUAACAUCACCUGAAGAAGAAAAACAUUUUUUUCCGAGAAACGAAUGUGACAUAGUUCAAUAAAGAUAUUUUUACUGUAAACCUCUUGUACAACACAUUUUCGAUAUUUCGUAAUAACAUCUCGAAAUAUCGAAUUAUAAAAUAUCUCGAAAAAAGGCGGGAACCUCUGAGAGACGAUUUCACCCUUUUCAAUCAUUUACCAGCUUCAACUGGACAUUUCUAAAUUUAUCCAACCUAUUAUAUCAAGUUUCAAUAAAACCAGAAAAUUCUUGGGUUCGAGAGAUUCGCUUUAAAUUGAGAACUGGUCAUCACGAUCCGAGAACACAGGAGUCCCACGGUUUCGCCGGUGUUGAUUCGUACUGAUUAGAAAAAUGGUGUUAUUAGAGUUUAGAGAUUGACGAGAUAAUGCGAUCUAUUUAUUAUGGCGGCCUCGGACCUCGGACCGCGGAGUAAACGUGGAUUGGGACUUUUCUUUGCCCUGCCCCUCUUCAAGCGCGGAUAAAAUUUUCGUGUUGUUUCAUAUUGAAUGUCUGUUGCGUUAGACCCUUAUCUUCUCGUUCUGACAAUGUACAUGUGAAGAAAAAAGAGAAAUACCUCCGGUUAAUCUCUCGAUCCACUUUCAUUCUACGGUCGCAACGCGAUUGCAAAGCUAUACAUGUGCAGAUGUAUGUAUACAUAUGACAAUAGAUGAUUUGUACGUAUGCGCGCACGCGCGUACGUACAUAUCAUUUAUUGUGCGACGACUUGACUAUUUUUUGUAUUACUACUACUGUUUUAUGGUUAUUUGUUAUACCUCACUCGGGACAUUUUGAGCGGAUUUUUACCGCGUGAUUGAGGAGAAGCGUCAAGACUUUUGCGUGUCUUUUCAGGAUGCGGGGAGAAAAAAAAGAACACUUCCUCGCGCCUUUUUUUCACGGCGACGUGCACACGCGUCCCCUUAGCAGAAUAAGAAACUCGCGGAAUAUGAAAAUCGUUGCGUAAUACACGCGAAGAUUACUUUUCUGACAUUGCGCAAUGCACUCGUGAAGGAAAGGCUGUUUUAAUUCGUCUCGUCACUUUCGUUACUUGGAUCGGCAGCGAUGAUGUUCACUCGAUUUGCAAGCUCGUGUUAUUUUCGUUAAAAAUAUUUUACUAGACGGAGAUUAAUUUUGUGCGUUUCCAGAAGAAAGUCCACCUUGCAAAAGUAGUACUUGCAAAGCCGUUACCUCGACGAAGCCCAACGUCGUCGCCGAUCGCUCAAGUACUUUCUCCUCAUUCACGACGAUUGAAUAUCACUGCCAAAAGCCCAUGAUUAUGAUAAAGCAACAAAUAAAAAAAAAAGAGUAGCGUAGCGACGGGUAGCUCGGUCGGGCCCCGAAUUUUACGCGGCCGGCGCGCUCCGAUUGAUCGCGCCGCCUCAUCUGUUUCCCCCCUUACACUCAUGAACUAAAAUCUCUCUCGAGAUUUUACAUUAACAUAUUUAUUUUUCGACGGAUAGCGGUUUUCGUUGUUGAGAGAACCCGCACCAUGCUCGCUUCUGCUUGUAUCAACGAUUCGCUAGCGGUCGAUCGUGAGCAAUUGGAAAUGGCGUUUCUGCCGGUUUGCAGCGAUAGAAAGAUGGCAAAAUGGAAUAGCGCAGAGAAAGGUUCUUCAAACAACUUGCGGAGCUACAUAGUUCUUGCAUUUGUUCUCUUUAAAUGAGUAAAGUCGAGAAGGAUCCUUGCGCAGCCAGUUUCCGCGAGUGUUUGGAGAACACCAGGAUUUAUUAGUAAUAAUGUAUAAUUAGUAAGUUUUAAUUUUUAAUUAUUGAUUUAUGCCUCAUUAACGGCUUUUACAGUGAUCGUAAAAAUUGCUUUAAUGAGGUUGCUCGCAGAACGAGCAUUUGUUCAACUUUUCAUCAUUGAUACUAUUUGUUUUUGCUUUAUGCGCGUUUGAUUCACGGCAGAGGAAUCGUUGAUGCAAAAUCGCGAGGUUCAGGCAAGGAUGUCGCCUGAUUUUAGAAACUUGUUUGCGAAUCGCCGUCGGGACGUCGUUAAUUAUUCGGGAAUUUCGAGGAGAGAGAUGCGAGCGAAAGCGACAUGGUGCGUGGAUGCACAUUCCAUGCAUAAAGAUUAUACAUACGUGUAUAAGGUAAUCAUCUGUUAGAGUUUGAUAGAGAGUUCAAAACACACACCCACCCAGCCAUACACACACAUACACAUGUAUACGUAUACACAUACGCAUACGCGUAGAUACAUACAUUUACACCUACGUGAAAUAUUACAUUGAAAGAUUAUAAAGGAAUAAUAUACCUAAAGUUUUCGAAGCUUACAAUAGACUUCUCGGUUUAUCAUUAUUAUGUAUCGUGAUUUUUAUGUCAUGUUCAAUAAAUGAGUUUUAAACUAUA